CUCUACUUGUACAUAUACUUUCGCAAGAGGCAAUGCAUGUAUCGUCAAUUAUCGUGCGUUCAAAAUAUCCAUCUUACCUCCAUUUCGAAAGGAACUCUGCAAAAAAUAAGUAAAUUCAAAGGGAUUGGAGCGGAGAGAUAGAGAACCAGCCCAUUUUGUGAGAAUGAAAUUUAAAGAACACACAGUGUCGCAGGUCGCAGGUCGCAGGUCGCCGUCCUUUUAGCUCGCCUAUUUUUUGCAGUAGAAAAAUAAAGUAGUCUACGAGUGCACUUACGAGACGAUCAAGGCUCGUCGUAAUGUGAGAGAUCGAUAGCAGGCCGGAUAAGGAUAGGAUUCUUACCAGUUACGGGGUACAGGCACGUGUGAUAUCUUACUAUCUAAAAAAAGUCUAUCGAGAUAAUUGCUGCGCAAAGGCGAAUCUUAAUGUUCACCGCUGUCUACUCUCAAUAAAGUGGCUGUCAUUCAAUAAACAUUUGCCUUUUCAUUUUAGACCUUACAGACCUGUAUAACGCGCCCUUCCUGAUGAGAUAAUCUGUCCAAAAUUGUUUGGCCUUUAAAAUGAGACAACCCGAGCACGAUUAUGGCAAAGGUCUUGCGAAAAUGUGCCAAAACAGGAAAAAGCACGAGGGAACAAUUGGAAAUGCUCGAUAAAUCGGAACUGAUCGAUAAGAUAUUGCAAUUGGAAGCUCGUAACGAGCAACUGAGACUAUUGAUUACGAAAGGUACGGAUGUUGAAUCGAGGAAAGAAGGGACACCAGGGAAAGUGAGAAAAUCGUUUGAUUUUUCACGAUAUCACAAGAGGCAUAUUCUUCUAAAGUUUUAUUAUCUUGGUUGGGACUAUCAUGGUUUUGCUGUGCAAGAAGAUACCAACGAAACUAUCGAGCAUCAUCUAUUUGCAGCUCUAUCGAAAAGUUGCUGCAUAGAAUCUCGUGAGAGUGCAAAUUAUCAUCGUUGUGGACGAACCGAUAAAGGUGUUAGCUCGUUCUCCCAGGUGAUCUCGUUGGAUGUUCGCAGUAGAUUGGAGCCGGAGAAUCAGGGCAAUUUGUCAGAUGAGUUGCCCUAUUGUAAAAUACUGAACCGAUUGCUGCCAAUGAAUAUAAGAUGUAUAGCGUGGUGUCCAGUUUCAUCCAAUUUCUCUGCGAGAUUUGAUUGCAAAUAUAGAAGAUAUAGGUAUUUCUUUCCAAGAGGCAAUUUGGAUAUAGUUGCCAUGGAUAAAGCUGUCAAAUAUGCUAUAGGGGAUCAUGAUUUCCGUAAUAUAUGUAAAAUGGACGUAGCCAAUGGUGUGGUUAAUUUUAAAAGAACUGUAAUUGAUGCACAAGUGACACUUGUUAACGAUCAGAAUGUGGAAAAAUCUACAGGUUAUGAUAUGUGUGAAUUAGAAAUCACAAGUCAAGCUUUUCUCUGGCAUCAGAUUCGUUGUUUAAUGGGCAUUCUGUUGUUAAUUGGACGGAGAAAAGAAGAGCCUGAAAUAAUCUUGAGACUUCUAGAUAUUGAGACUUGUCCACAAAAGCCACAAUACAACAUGGCUCAUCAGAUUCCAUUGAAUCUUUGGUAUUGUGAUUAUGAAAAUGUGAAAUGGUUUAUUGAUGAAAACGAAUUAUUAAAUACUAUCAAAAUAUUACAACAGGAUUGGGCGAUCAAUAUUAUAAAAUCUACAAUGAUUAAGAAUAUGUUGAUGGAACUAGAGAAUUUGGUUAACUGUGUAAAUAUCGAUUUUCAAAGCGAUUGCCUGCUUCUUGGAGUACAAUCAAAAAUAUAUCAACCAUUGAUGAAACGAGAAAUGUGUGAAAGUUUAGAAAAUAAAAUCAAACAUUACGAGAAGAAACGAAAAUUUGAGGUCACACAUUCCGAGGUUACGUAGCAUAUCCCUAUGCUAAUCACAGAACUUGUGUAAUAUAUUACACACGUACUAACAGCUUUAAAUACACAUGUUUUUUUCUUACUGUAAAUAUUACGUACGGCAAUUUUCACUAUACGCGAGAGGGCCUUGUCCAGCCUUAUUGUUCGUCAAAUUUUGAUAGCAAUGAAGAAUUCUCCAAAAACAUUAAAUUUUAUGGGAACACACAGCGUUGCCUAAAUUAACGUCGAUAGGCCUGUAGCAAUACACGCGAAGCGACGGACAGAUCUUUUACAGAUUCUAAUUUUAUGAUCUAUGAAAAUCAAGAUAGAUUGUUAAAUGCGAUAGGAUUUUAUUUUGUGCACAAUUUAUUAGUAUUUCUGAAUAUUCAUAUAUUAUUGUAACUUUGUCUAAUCUUGGAAAAUCUAACAGCAGUUUAUACUAUAAA